AUGCGAGCCGUCGGCCUUUACAAAUAUUUGCCGAUAUCAGAUGUCAACAGUCUUGUUGAUUUAGAAGUGAAACUACCAACAUGUGGGAAAUCUGAUGUACUUGUAGAAGUUAAAGCCACAUCUGUGAAUCCUCUCGACGCAAAGCAGCGAGCCCCGAAGCCUACUAUAGAAGCUACACCUCGAAUUUUAGGCUUUGAUGGUUCUGGAAUCGUGGUAGACAAAGGUGCGGAUGCAAACUUAUUUAAAGUAGGCGAUGAAGUCUUUUUCACCGGUUUUGUGGCAAGGAGUGGCUCCAACGCUCAAUACACGGCUGUUGACCAAUAUCUGGUGGGGCCCAAGCCAAAAAAAUUAACCUUUGAAGAAGCUGCUGCGAUGCCGCUUACUGCUCUCACAACGUUUGAGUCAAUUUGUGACCGUUUAUCGAUAUCUGAAAAAGAUAAAGGGAAGAGGUUGCUGGUCAUAAACAGCGCUGGAGGAGUGGGUUCAGUAGCGACUCAACUAGGUAAGAUAUUAGGACUUACAGUGAUUGGAACGGCCUCACGGCCAGAAACAGUUGCUUUUUCUCGUAAGUUCGGAGCUGAUCUCGUUCUCAACCACACACAAGAUCUAACAAGUCAGUUGAAAGAAAACGGUUUAGAAGACGGAGUAGACUUUAUUCUUGUCAAUUAUGACCCAGCUCCGUAUUGGAAUAUACUGCCGAGUCUUAUUAAACCAGAAGGAAAGAUCUGUUUGCUUGUGGAAAGUAAUACUCCGGUGACUUUGACGCCUCUCAAAGACAAGAGUUUGACGCUUGUCUACGAAAUGAUGUACACACGGCAUAAGUAUAAUACAGCUGGUAGGAUCAGACAAUAUGAGAUCUUGAAACAAGUGUCACAGUUGCUUGAUGAAGGGAAACUGAAGUGUACCUUGACUAAAACUAUGUCGCCAAUAAAUGCUGCUAAUCUAAGAGAGGCACAUAGAAUUAUUGAAGAAAAGAAAAUGGAAGAUCCUGGCCUCUCUGAUAUCACGCCGGAGUCUAAAGCGAAGUGCAUGAAAGUGCAACAAGUACUUCAAUGCUAUGAAACUUUGAUAGCUCACCAGAUAAUGCAGUGGAACAUAACGAGCACUAAUUCAGCUUUAAAAAUUCAUAAACUAUUCAAAGCCUGCAAUGAGUUGAUUGAGCGUACUAAGAUUCCCUCCAAAUCGGCCAAGAAAGGAAACAAAACACUCAAUGAGACAAAAGAUACCAUUGAAAAGAGUACUCAGAAGUCACAGAAAUCGCAGAAGGAGAAGGGUAAAGCCCCCGUGAAGCUCUCUAACUUAGUGAAAGAUAAAGCUGGACCUUUCAAACCCUUGCCUUGUGUUUGGGACAUAAAGUUAUGUGUGCGAGUUGUGGAAUUAUUAUACAGUGAGAACGUGCCGUGGUCCAGUUUAGAACAGCGCAACCACAUUCGUAUCCGCCGUGACUUUCAUUUAUGGGCUCUCAAAAAUAUACAAUCGGUGUUAACAGAACAGUUGGAAAAGAAGUCUGUGGCUAUACAUUGUGUCAGUAUCGCCACCAUAUUGUACCAGAGGUGUAUUUGUAGGUUCCAAGAUAUGUGUGAUUUCGACGACCAGACUACACUAGGAUGUUUAGAGGUGUUCAAAAUUUGCCUGACGCUUCUAUUCUCACCGACGUACUCGUUUAAAAUUGAUGCAUUGUUAUCAGCGAUAACGGAUAGUACUGAACCCUCACCAGCAGCUUACAUAGCAAUAAUCCUGGAAUCGAUCCACUCAGCUCUACAGCACAUAGAAGACGAGAGUGUACCAGAUGAACGGGACCUAGUUGUAAAGAAACAACUGGCAAUGUUGAUACAAAUAGCCACCUUGCUAUUUGAAGUGCCUGUCACGUCUUGUCCUGCUAUGACUGGGAUAAUAGUUAAGUAUGAAGAUUACAUCCGAAAUAGUAAGCAAGACUGCUUACCCCUCAUCGGAGCAGUGCUAACCGCAGGGGCGCGCGACCAGCAGGAGUCACAGAUGAUGGACGAGUUACUCGGAAAACUUGCCUCGGCCCUGGGCAGGAUUGACGAGGAAGACACGUCACUGGCUACACAAGAAACUAGCGAGUACUCCACGAUCGAUGCUCGGUCUGGACACGGAGUGCUCAGUACCAUUUGCACGCACCUGGGCGCGCGCGCUAAGGGCGUGGAGCACCUGCAGGCGCGGGCCCGGGACCUCGCGGCUGCGCUGCCCUUCGCCACACACGCCACCUCCCAGAGGAUUGAACGUGAAAUAACAGACGUCUACAAGUCCUUAGUAGUGCAGUUGUGUCAGAUGACGUCAUGGACCGCAAAGUGCUGUAAACUAAGGUGUAAUGUUGGCGGGGGCAGCGAGAGAGUGUUGUCAGCCACCGUCAAGUUGUAUUCACUCCUCGCCGCUAUGGCCAAGCAAAUUGAUAUUCACGUCGCUCAGCAAGUCCGUUUCGAAGGACUAUUAAAACAAAGCGGCAAAAAGUUAUCAACAGUGACUGACAACUUCAUCACCUAUUUAGAAGGUGCUCAGGAACAACAGCAUAACGCGAGCAAAGUAUUGAGAGAAACGAAGCUCAUUCCAAAACUUGUGUUAGAGGCCGAGCAGUACAGCAAGAGGGUCAUACUACUCGCCUCUAAGGCAAAGUUGAACUGGCAGCAGUACCUAUCACUGGGCACGGCUCGUGACUUCCGUAUCAAAGCACCUAUUCUGGAACAAGCUUUGAAUGCUAGGGAGGAAGUGAACGAGACCAGAGAUGAAGAUGAUGUAGACAUAAAUGAUGCUGCAACAGAAAUUAUCGAUCGCCUCAGCGAUGCGGAACCAGAUGACAAUGAUGACAGUAACGAAGAAACUUCUAGAAAAAAACGUAGAAGAGUUUCUUAA